CGUUAUGUGUCAAAGUUUUAUGUUGAUGAAAUGAAUUUCUUUACAUAAAGGAUUAUCAGUUCUAAACGAGUAUCAAAUUUAAAAUUAUAACCAUGCCUGAAGAUAUAGCAGUUGGUCCAGAUUUAGAAAGAGUUCUCGAACACCUAGACGACUUUGCUCUAAAUGAAGCAAAUUAUAAAAUUAUACAAGAUGCCUUAGAAAAAAGUAAUAAAAACAUAAACGUGACAGUGUUGGAGCGACUGUUAGACAUAUGUGUACGUGACCUUAAAGAAGAUAUGAAAAAUCCAUUUCAAGCUCUUAAUGUUUUGAGUGCUUUGUUAAAUAAAGUCAAGACUGGAAGCAUUCAUGAAAUACCAAAUCUUGUGCCAUCUGCUAAUGCAAUUUUACAUAUAAUCAAAACAACAGCUCUGUUUAAUAAAGUGGAGGACUUGAAGGUGUUAUGUUUUGAAAUUAUUCUCUCCUACCCUGACAAUGUGCUGAUUACUUUAGCUGUGGAUCACUAUAUUGAGAUUAUUGAGAUGCUCAAUUUGUAUUGCCAUCAAAGGAUACCAAUGUCAAUAAGAUUGCAGGCUAUAAAUAUAAUUAACAAGUUAUUAAAAAUAUUACCACCUGACAAAAAGGCAACAUUUGUGACAGAGGGUAUUGAGAUUUGGUUCUCUAAAGUUGUGCCAACAGUAAUGGCCUUUGCCUCAAGUACUACUGCAAUAAAGAAUACAAUGCCAAUAGAUACACUUGAGAUGCUCACAGAGGAACUUAUUGCAGUUGAUUAUUCUGACAAUCCCACCUGGCUUGUAGUUUUAGAGUGUAUUUAUACACCACAAAAGUAUCCAAAAAUUAUGCAGAAUCUAUUAGAGGCUGGCAAUGAAAUGUGGUAUAGACUAUGGAUAAUUUUUACAAAAUUACUUAAGAGCCAAAUUACAAAGAACAUGAGCUCUUUUGGUAGUCCCAUUAACUCUAUGCUUCCAGUAGUAGAAGCUGCAUUUAAAAUGAACGUGAAGAAUAGAUGUAGAGCAUUCCAAUGCUGGAAUGCUUUGAUUGACAAUUUUGCGGUUGAAUCUAAUGAGCCAUAUGUGAAUAAAAGACUGAAAUUGCUUAUAAUACCUCUAGCAUCGAACAAUGCUAAAGUCGAAGAGACUGCACUCGCUAAACUGAAUACAUGGUUGCAUCUAAUUAGAUGUUUCGAAAGUAAAAUUAUAAAUUUACCCUAUAUAGCUUUAUUGCCAUUUUUGUACUUCUGUUUUGGUAAGCCAAGUGUAGGUGACAAGCCCGUGUCCGCACCUGGGUUACUUACAGUUAACACAAAGCGACAAGUCCUUCAAGCUUUCUCGAUUAUUAUAGGACAUAAUAAUUGUGAUUGUAUAGUAAAUAUGCCUAAACUUAACAAAAAAAUACUCACUAGUGAUUUAUUAGUUGAACAUUGGAAAAUUUGGACGAAUUCACUCACCGUUACAAUCAGAAUAUGUGUGAACGAUAGCAGUGAUUCUGUGACACAACACUUCAAAUGUAUUUGGAAAUCGUUCAUUGCGGCUAUUUCUGAACUCCCCGAUUGUACUACAAGAUAUAAUCUAUUCUUUGAACUCUUGAAAAUGCUACAAGUGUUAUUACAGUGUCACCGUUGUGACAGAUUGUCAGAUUUGGUAUUUCACAUACUGACCAGUUCUAUACUUGAUCACAAUGAUGUAGUUCAACCCGUGUUCCAACUAGGAAAUGGACAGAAUAAUGCAAUGCAGAGUCUCAUUUCUAUAUUGUUGAGUCCUUCUCUUGACUAUGUUUUUUCAAGAUAUGAUAUAAAAGAAAUCGUCAUCAAGUUAAAGCCACUAGCAAAGUUUAUUGUUCAAAAAUAUUUAAAGCAAGUGACGGUACAAUGUUUGAAAGUUCCACUUGACAAAAACAACAGCCUCUUGCUAUGGACAGCGCUUGCUGAAGCCAUUUGUGAACUGAAAUGUGCAACAUCUGUUGAUAUUUUGCAUCAAAUGCUAUUACUUCCCUUAAAGUUUGAUGUAAUGAGUGUUUUUACAUCAGUGGAUAUUUCUAUAGAAGCAUGGUUUAAAUUAUAUUAUUUUGCAAGCACUUUAGUUGAUGAAUGUUGUAUUGAUAAUGACAUUUGCGAAGUUAUCGAUAAUCGAGCUAUUACAGGAACUUCAAAUAAAUGUUUUGUGUUUAAAGUUUCACUAACCAUUUUGAAUUACAGGACUCGGAAGAAUAAUGAAAAUGAUAAUUUAAUUUGUAAGUGUGCAGAAACUUUACAGUAUGCCACAGAUGAUAUAAUAUACUCAUCUGUGGAAAACAACUUACCACUUCUUCAGAAUACAAUUAUUUCAAUGGUCAAUAAAGUCACCAAAGAAAAUGAUAAACAAUUAGCUAAAACAACAGUUUCGAUUGUUAAUAAUAUUCUAAAGAUGGUAACCAAAUAUUUCAAACAAAUUGAAAAGGAUCUUGACCUCGCCAAUUUUAUUAUAAAACUUCUUGAGCCAUUGGAAUUAUUGUUUGAACAAGAAGUUUAUAGUACACUUAAACUAAUAAUAAUCGAUGAGUUGAAAAAAUUCAGCAAAUGCUUUAGUGCUAAAGAAAAAAGAGUUCACACUAUUGUAAAUAAAAUUAUUGCUCAAAAGAAUGGAACGGCAAUGGUAAAUUCUAAUGAUAUAUCAGACGAAAAAGACAAAAGUCCUGGUAAUCAAGAUAAUUUCACUGAACCAGAAGUUAAAACUAUACCUAAAAAGGGAAAGAAAAGAGAUUCAAAUAUAAUGGAUACAGUUGUAGAAAACGGAGAGGAGUAUGUUGUUGUAAAUUCUAAUUGGAAAUUUAAUCCAAAGAAACUGACCGAUAACCAGAAAGAAAAAUUUAAACGCACAAGAGAAGAUAUACCUGCUUUAUAUCAAGAUUUAUCUCAGUCUCAAGAUGAAUUCAAAACAGUUUAUAGAACAAAUUCUGUUGAUUCAACAUCAGCUAGCAAAUCUAACACUGUAGAAAACAAUGUUGAAUCCUCAAUACUAAAAAAUAUGCCAUGUUCUAAUGUUGUGCCAACAAUUAUUGAAAACAUUUUGACUGAAAGUUCGAAAAAAGAUAAACAAGAAAGUACAAUCUCUGACUCCACUGAAUCUAAUUCAAAUAUUAAACAAGGACAAAAUAUUAAAAAUUCUAAAACACCUCGAAUAGCAAUAAAAGAUAGAGUUUUUAGAAAUGUAAAAAAUUUAAUUGAAAAAUCUGGUUUGCAAAAAGAUGAUUUAAACUCAACAGUCAAUGAAAAUCUUCUAUUAACACCUACAAGGAAAAAGCCUGUUGAUAAUAAUCUUGUUAAUUCUGCGCCUCCAAAAAUAAAUGCAGAGAGACCUACACGAAUAAAAAGAAAGCCUAAGAAAUUGGAAGAUCACAAGUUAUCCCCACUUAAGAAGCGAAGAAGUUCUCUGAAUCAAAAUAACUCUCAAAGUAUAGUUCCUGAGCAAAAAGAACAACAAAAUGAAAAAUACUUUGAAAACGUGGAAAAAUCGUUAGAUGGUGUUUCAAAACUUAUAGAUAUACCAAUAGACAACGGAACACAAAAUGAAGACGAUGUUGACAAAAAUUCUGAGCGAAAUAUAUCUAAAGAAGUAACAAAUUUCGAAGCAGUUCAAGUAAAUAAUAAAUCUUCAGAUAUUAACGAUGCAACUGAAAAAAUCUCAAAAACUAUUGAUUCAGAAGCUGACACAACUAAACGUUUAAGAAGCGAUUCUCCGUCAACGAUUGAAAGUACAACGACAGAUACAGUGAUGACAGAUCCUUGUGAUGCAAAUGUUGACAAAAACAAUGCCACCCCAGAUGCAUUGCGUAAAGAGGAUGGCACUCCAAAAUCUACUAAAAAAGGUGGUAGGAGAGUAUCUCGCAUUGAGAAAGUAUUAGCUAUUGACAUGGUUGAAGGACAUCCAUUUUUAAGUAAACAAUCUGCAACUAGACUUACUAGAAAAACGAUUGAAAGCAAUGCAUCUAUUAUUACGAGAAAAAGUAUUGAAAAAAUGAAUAAACUAAAAUCAAGUAAAACUUCAACCAAAAAUGAUACGAAAUCAAAAGAAAAAAUUAAGGCAAUAUCAAGUUCUAGUAGUGAUUCAAUAGAAGAUUUAGGCACAUCUCAAUCUCAAGAUAUUAUAGAGAGUUCACAAGAUUCUACAAUAUCAACGAUAUCUAUUAAAUCAGGAAAGAAUAUAAAUAAAAUACCUAUCGUAGCUUUAGAAAAUAUUAAAGAAAUACGUAAAUUAGGAAAAACUUUAGAACCAAAACACGAUGUUGAACAAUCUGUGUUCCUAGAUACACAAAAUAAUGUUGAAGUUGUACAAAAUACACUAGCAGCUGAAAACAAUGAGGAUAUUGAAUUAUCUCGAAACAAGACUGUACUUCAAGAGAUCACAAAUGACAUAACAGCAGAAAUGGAUACAGAAGUAGCGGAAUAUAUAACUAGUUCUGAUGAAGUUACAGAAAUAAAAAAUGAUAAUCCCAUUUUAAUCAUUAAUUCCGAAGAAACAUGUAGUGGAAAUGAUAGUCAGGGAACGGCAAAUGCUGAUACACAGCCUCAAGAUCCGGAUCUUUUACUUGAUGAUAUAAAUUUAUCCAACUUACCACUGCAAUCUACAGUAUCAGAUGAUAGCUGCAAUAACCAAAAUGAGACAAAAACACAAAAUGAAAAUUCAAUUCCUUCACAAAACAAAGAUGACGAUACUUACUGUUCUCCUUUUAAAGACGAAGUACAAAGGAAACAAGACUUUAUGGAUAGUACUUUAGAGAUAUCUCCGAUCAAAACAUUAAGCCCUAUACGGGAAGAACAAAAAUCAUUAACUCCAGAAACUAGCAACGAUUUCGUAGUCAUUAAAUUAUCAUCACCCGUCCAAAGUAAUGGUGAACCGUAUAAUAAUUCUAAUUCCCCUGAAAUAUUCACAAACGAUAAAAUAUCUCCGGAUAAGAGAGAUCAAUCGCCUCCUAGAAAUGGACCCAUUUUGAAUAAUUCGAGUCCCAGUUCUUCGUUGUCUUUGAAGAAAAACCGACCCCAAGUGAGAUCCGGUAGAGCAGCGCAAAUGCUAGAGUUAUGUGUACCUGAAGGGAUGUCUAAUUUUGGCGACAAAUUUUCGGAGCCCGAAGAAAAAAGGUCACCGGCUACAAAUAUGUCUGCAAGGCGAAAUUUACGAAUCAUGUAUAAUUCUGCGAGUGACAAUAGUGAACCAAGUGAUGAGACCGAAGAUAGCAGUUCUUUUCUUAAACUGAAGAGACCUGUGCCCACGGCUGAAAGCAGUCCUUCCGGACCUAUCUUAAAGCGAAAACUACAUGACAUUAUUGAUGACACCACUGUCUCUCCAGCUUCUAAAAGAAAAAGGGUGAGUUUUCAUGAUCCCCCAGUUUCGACAACAAUUUGCGUGAAAAAAUACAUAGAACCAUGCGGUAUUCGUUCCCCACAGAAUUCUAUGACGAAGCGUUUAGAAAGACAAGCUCGCGUUCCCACUAAUGCAAAAUCUCCAAAGAGGCUAGAUACUGUAUUCAAUAAUGUAUUAAGAUUAGAAAACGUUUUGACAAAAACUGUAGAAAGUUUCGCGGAAAAUGAUAGAACUAGUUCAAAUGACAGUGAAAUGAAUUCACUUGAAGAAACAACCAUAGAUGUGGCAAAUGCGACUGAUUUGAAUGACACCGAACCAAUUUGUCCAAUGCUUAUUAAUUGUAAGGAUCCAAUAGACAAUAUUGUUGAUGAAUUGUCACCAAUAACUAUGAAAUCCGCACUUAUAAAAGAUUUAGAAGGAAAAGUGACUACAAUCAGUGAUUUAGCUAAAUUGUCAGAAUUAGAAAUUAACAGAUUAAGUAUUAAAUCACCUAAAGUACACGUAGCAAAAAGAGUUUUAACUGAAUAUGCGAAUAAAAUAAAUAUAUCAAAUGAUGGAUUCCCAAAAAUUAAAGAAUAUAAAGAAGAACAAAAUACUAUUGUAAUAUUGGAUGAUGAAAAAGAUGAGUUGAAUAAUAAAAUAGAUAUAGAAGUACAGACAGAAUUGAAUUCAUCGUUAGCCUCAACUCAGACAGAUGCUGCGGAGACCUUUAGCAGUGAGACACAAACUGUACAAUCCGGAGAAAUGACUACGUCAUAUUUGAUUGCAUCUCUAUCCAAAAAACCGGACUUUAUCAGUCAGUUAUGUGAACAUCUCGACGAAUCUUCAAAACAGGAGAUAGCAAAGAAAUUACCUGUUAAUUCUCUAACAGAAACAUUAAUUAAAAAAGUUGAUAUUCCUAAUUCCUACGACACAGUUAUUACAUUAUUGGAUCAUCACAGAAAUAUAUCACCAAAUGGGACUUUAUCGGAGAUACAAGAUUAUUUAUGUACCAGGUUUAGUACUAAAGAUUUAAUUCAAUUAUGUAGUGAAAUAUUAAAAAAUGUAUCUGAUAAAACAAAUUAAGACAGAAAAAAAUAAUUAAUUUUCUGUAAUUAAUUUAUCAAGACUCAUAAUUACG